AUGAUGAAUCUCUUCAGGUUGUUAGGGGACUUGUCCCAUCUGCUCUCAAUUCUGAUUCUUUUGCACAAGAUGAAGACUUCAAGUAGUGCGGCUGGUAUCUCGUUCAAGUCGCAGUUCCUGUACUUGAUUGUGUAUCUCAGUCGGUACAUUGACCUCCUUUGGACCUUCUACGAUCCCAACGCGCUGUACAACACCGUCUUCAAGAUUGUCUUCAUCAGCACAUCGGCGUACACCGUGUACCUCAUGCUCAACGAUUACAAGCCCACCCACGACCCGAACCUCGAUACCUUCAAAGUACAAUACUUGCUAGCGGCAAGCACAGUCCUGGCGGUACUCUUCCCGUACAAGUACACGUUGACUGAGAUUCUAUGGGCCUUCUCCAUUUGGCUAGAAUCGGUUGCUAUCCUGCCCCAGCUCUUCAUGUUGCAGAGGACCGGUGAAGCAGAGACAAUCACAACACACUACUUGUUCGCGCUGGGCGCCUACCGCGCGUUGUAUAUUCCCAAUUGGAUAUACAGGUACUUCUUCGACGUGCCGCGCUUCUAUGACCCGAUUGCUGUCAUUGCAGGUAUUGUUCAGACGAUUCUGUACUCGGAUUUCUUCUACAUCUACUACACAAAGGUCGUCCAAGGCAAAAAAUUCAACCUCCCUGUCUAG